AUGAUAUUAAUUCUUUUAUUGGCAUUAGUCUCAUCCCAGCCAACGAAGCUUGAAGACCUAAAAUCCCGCAUUGAGUCAGGCAAAGCCCAUUACAAUACCUAUGCUUCUAUCAGCAAUUGCAAUGAAAAAGUUAUGCAAUCAAUGCUUAAAAAAUGCGAUGACAUGAACGAAGAUAUCCAGUCAGAGUUUGCUUUAAAAUUAACGAAUUGCCAUUUAGAGCGUGUAGGAUUUCCACUUUACGACUGCAGUCCUAAAAAUCUGACUAACUGCUAUAUGAAAAUGGACCAGAACACAUUUUUGGCUUAUACACAAUUUUUUACUCAUGCAUUUGAUCUUUGUGUUUAUUUGAGCUUCAGUGCUUGGCAAAGCAAAACGUCUGCAACGAUACAAGGAUUGUCAGAUUCUGCAGAAAAAGCGCUAUAUGCACUUGAUUUAGCAGAAAAAACAGCAAAAGAGAUUCAAAUGGAGCAAGAAUAUGUCCAACGAUGAUUAGGAAAAAUAUAUGACGGCAUUAGCGAAAUAGGGUAUUUAGAAGAAAUGAUACUAGGCGAAGUAUUUGAUAUAAAAUCAAUUCUUUUUUACAUAGGAUCAUUCAUCUUAUGCAUGCUUUUAACAUCAUGCCCAGAAACUUCCAACGCAAGAGUUAAGCUUCUUUGAUUAUUCUGUUUAGAAAUCCUCAUGGAAAAAUUUUUAUAUUGAUAUUUCCCUUAUCUCCGUCACAUAUCAGGGACAAUUCGGCUGAUUUUUUUAGUUUUAUGCAUCACAGUCAUAGUAUGAAGCGUUAAAACACACAAGCAAUACGACAAAAUGACUUACGAAAUCUUAAAAGAAACCCUCACAAAAAUAGGCAAAAGUGCAUUAGAAAGCAUAACACCCCGAUAUUCUAGCAUAAAACAACGCAAAGAAAAACGCUAUAUGCCAUCUCCACUUAAAGAACAGUGCUCCCAAAGGCUAAGAAAAAUCCCUGAAGUCCAUUAUUUCCUUGAAGAAGAUAUCAAGCGAAUCAGACGAAAAAGUGAUGGAAAUCUUGCUGAGCUUUUUAUGUCAAUUACGUCAAAAUCAGCUAAAAAAGAGGUUUAA